AUGCGACCAUUGCUAGCCUUUUUUAAAAAACGCACUCAAUAUAAAUUGAUUCUGAAACCGCAACGCGACCGCAACGCAUCACAGCCAUUCCAAAUGCGGUCCUCUGCCUAUGUCAAGAAGUGCGAACGAAAGUCUGCUUCUAUCGUCAGUGGGACCAACAACUGAAUUUUUGACUUUUCUUAGAACUGCGACGCAUCACAGCCAUUCCAAAUGCGAUCCCAGGCCUAUAUCAAUAAAUGCGAACAAUUGAAGUCUAUUCCUAUCUUUAGAGGGACAAGUAACUACAGUUUUGACUUCUGAUAGAACCGCAGCGCGACCGCGACGCAUCACAGCCAAUCCAAAUGCGGUCCCAGGCCUAUAUCAAUCACAGCCAUUCCAAAUGCGGUCCCCUGCCUAUGUCAAGAAGUGCGACCAAUUGAAGUCUAUUCCUAUCUUUCGAGGAGCAACCGACUGAAGUUUUGACUUCUGUUGGAACCGCGACGCAUCAAAGCCAUUCCGAAUAUGGUCCCAGGCCUAUAAAAAUCACAGCCAUUCCAAAUGCGGUCACAGGCUUACAUCAAUAAGUACGAACAAAAGUCUGCUCCUAUCUUUAGAGAGACUAGUAACUGAAGUCUUGACUUCUGAUAGAACCGCAACGCGACCGCGACGCAUCACAGCCAUUCCAAAUGCGGUCCCCUGCCUAUGUAAAUAAUUGCUUUCGAGGAGCAACCGACGGAUGUUCUGACUUCUUUUGGAACCGCAACGCGACCGCGACGCGUUCAACCAUUCCAACUACAGAAAAUUCUUGAGGCCCCGUCGCCCCAGACCCAUUCCAAAUGCGACCGACAUUUUUCCCAAGUUGUACUCAACUAA